UUCAUCUUUUCUUGUUAAUAUUAUGGAACUGUUCAACAGCUUCCCUUGUUUUAUCUGAUGAAGUUGAGCUACUUUCUUGAUUCAAAAGACUCAAACUUUUAGUACAAACUGGUCCUAAUUGUACCAAAAGUUUAGGUAAAGUUACUAGUAUCUUUUUCUCAGAGCUAUGAAGUUUUCCUGAAAAUGGUAUUACUGCUUUUUAUGUCCUUUUUCUCAGGUCUGUAGGAAAAGUACAACAAGAAACCAAGAAAAUCAUAAUUGAGGUGAAUCCAAAAAACAAAUAAAAUGUAUGUAGAAAGUGAUUGUUUUGAUCCUGCUGCCAGUGUGCAACAUGAAGAUGUUUUUGCCAUAGGAGAAAACACAUAUCAACAAGAUGCUGCAGUUGUGGCUGCAGCAGCCUUAGAAAUGCAACUUCAGCAGCAACUGAAUCUUGAGAUGGAACAGUGUUACAAUACUACUCAUAACAACAACAACAGCAUGCAAGAAUUGGUAAAUGAACACAAUAAUCAAGGGUUAUCUUGUGAUCAAACAAAUUGGGGAGAAAUGAGUUUUCCACCAUACCAAAAUCAAGAAGAUAAUAAUAACUUUCAACAUGCUGCUCAUGAUAUACAAAAUGGUCAUGAUCAGCAGCAGCCAUAUCUCCCAACCCCUGAUCUUCUCAACAUGUUUCCUUUGCCUAGAUCAUCAAUUUCCUUCACAAAUACUAAUACAAAUCAAGCUUCAAAUUUAUUAACUUCACUAGGCUUACUAGGUGACAUUAAUAUUCCAGCAACAGCAGAUGGUGCAUCAAAUUCAAGUGCAGUCUAUGAUCCUUCUUUACUUCCAUUAAAUCUACCCCCACAACCUCCUUUACUGAGAGAAUUAUUCCACUCUUUGCCACAUGGCUAUGGCUUGAGAAACUUAAGAAAUACUACUUCUUUCUUUAAUGGGUUGGAGGAGAGAGAUCAGUUGACUGGUGCUUUGUAUCAAGAUGGAGAAGAAAGGCCUUUUGACAAUGGGAUCUUUGAGUUUUCUGCUGAUAUGAAUGGUAUUGCUAAAAAUAGAGAUAUUGGUAAAGAUACAAAACAUUUUGCUACUGAGAGACAGAGGAGGGUGCAUUUGAAUGACAAGUACAAAGCUUUGAGGAGUAUGGUGCCAAAUCCUAGCAAGAAUGAUAGAGCAUCAAUUGUGAAGGAUGCUAUUGAGUACAUCAAUGAGCUAAAAAGGGAAGUGCAUGAUUUAGAACUUAUGGUGGAGAAGAAGAGAUGUAACAGAGACAGGAUUAAGAGGCAAAAGACAAAAGAAGGUGGGAAUUCAAUGGAUGGUAGUAAUGCAAAGCAAAUGGAUGAAGUGGACCAAUCUUACAAUGGAAAUUCAUUAAGGAGUUCAUGGCUGCAGAGGAGGUCCAAGAAUACUGAAGUUGAUGUUCGCGUUGUAGACGAUGAAGUUACUAUCAAACUUGUUCAACAAAAGAGAAUCAAUUGCCUUCUUUUUGCAUCUAAGGUUCUUGAUGACCUUCAACUGGAUCUUCACCAUGUUGCUGGUGGACUUAUUGGUGAUUACUACAGCUUUCUGUUCAACUCCAAGAUUUGUGAAGGAUCUACAGUGUAUGCAAGUGCAAUAGCCAAGAAGCUCAUUGAGGUUGUGGACAUACAGUAUGCAGCAAUCGCACCAACUAAUAGCUAUUAAUUAGUUCAGCUCUUUCAUAUGAUUUCUAGAGGGACUUAGAGACAUCAUUAAUAAAGAUCCAGGAGUUUCAGGUUACACAAAUUGGCGCGCUGAUCGGCCAGUGGAUGAUAGUGUUAGUGUUCUUUAGGAGGAAUAUUAACUUAGUUGAAUCCAUGGAAAUGAAAUGAUCAGGAUUAAUUACUGGCUAACUCAAAGUCUGACACUUAUUAAUUUCUUAAUAACUUUGGCAACAUUAUUUGCUCGGUUUAUCUCUGAGGAUUUCUGCAGUUAGUGUUACUGUAAUA